AAUGUGCCACGGAGAUUUUUCUUCUUCUCCACUUUUCGCCACCAUUUCUCAUUUCUCUCUCUCUCUCUUUUCUCUCUCUCAAUUUGGUGGACGGUCCAAACCUAGGGCUAUGACCGGCGGAGACUGGACUCAGGAGGCUAUGAGCGAUGAUUCAUUGGUGGCGGAGGCUUUGAUCUGCCUCCAUCACGCUGAGCCGCGUCCUCCUCCUGUGAAGAGCGUUGGGGGGUCCGCUCUCAAGCUGAAAUGGAACGUGCGACAGCGGAGGAGCAAGGCGGCGACGGCAUCGUCAAGAAAGAAGGGAGAUCAUACGCGUUCAAGUCCCACUACGCCUCUUUCCUGGAGCGGCGGCGCCACCUCUCUCAGCGGUGGUGGAGGCGGAGGCAGCGGCGCGGCCGCCGUUGAUGGAGUUGAGGAGUCUAGCGGCGGCUUUAAACUGUCAGAGCCCGUUAGAUCUAAGAUAUCUCAAACGAGUGUAAUAACAACAACCCCUUUCAAGAGAUCAAGAAAGAAAAAGACGCUUGCUGAGCUUAAAGAGGAGGAGAGCUUACUCUUAAAGGAAAAGAAAAGCCUGAAAAAUGAACUCGCAAGUGUGCGCGACAUGCUGAAGCAACAAAAAGCAAUAAACGAGUCGCUAAAGAAAAUGCAGCAGGCUGCUGAGUCACGAAAGAAUGAUGAUUCCUCGUUCCUGCUCCCUGACCUUAACAUACCUCUCGAUAACAACCCUAUGGAACCAGCUAAUAUAUAACCAGCCACAACACAGCCAUCAGACAUGGAUAUUCUUUUGUCAGCCACACGUUCAAGACUACGCUAUAACUGUGAUUAUAUUUAUGAUAUGGAUGUCUAUAAAUAGAUAAUCGUCCCCCCCCCCUCUCGCGCCCCGUCAUUGUCUUUGCGGAAGGGGAAAAGGAUUCUAAUGGCAGUGUGGACGAGUUAAGUGUUUUUGAGUCUUUUUUUUGGACAACUAAUGUUUUUGAAUCUUUUUUCUUUUCUUUCUUUCAUAUAUAUUAAUUCUUACGUCGUAGCAAGUUUUUGAUCUUGCCCUCCUUUAAUUCUCUUCUCUUGCUGUUUUUCCACUCUUUUAUUAUUUAUGCUAUCAAAAGAUGAGAUGUAAUUUGAUCAUUAAUCUACUAUAUAGGUACGUUUCUUC